AGUUAACUAGCAGUUUAUCGCACAAACCAUGAUACUUUCCACAGCUGAGAGAUCGUACUUGUACGACUCGCUUGUCCAAACCCCGCCUAUCAGGCCCGAUUCCAGAUCAGAACACCAAUUCAGACCUCUAGAAGCAAAGACUUCGUUUUUACCAUCUUCCAAUGGAUCUGCCAGAAUCAGAUUAAUGGAUGGGAGUGAGUGUAUAGUGAGUGUUAAGGCCAAGGUUGUACGUGCUUCCCAAGAAACGAAUCUUCUCGAGUGUGAUGUCGAUGUAUCUGGACACCGUGAUGACUCCAACUUUGUAGCAAACUUGAAGUUCAACUUGACCAACAUUCUUCUGCAGAACUUCCCCAAGGAAGUGUUAAAGUUGACGAGCAAAUAUUCAUUCAAGCUCUUUCUUGAUUGUUUGGUGAUAAGCCAUUCUUCAUACCCGCUCAGUUUACUCUCCUUAACCUCAUAUCUUGCAUUGAAGACCACUCGUCUUCCAUUGUUGGUCAGUGAUGUUGAUGAUGCUGAAGUGGAAGAACAACCCACAUUUUCUGAUGAUUGGACCAACUCUAGGUUAAUGGCUGAUUUGGGCGAGACUACAUUCCAACCUCCAAUCUUUAUAACACUCGGAGUUGUUGGAAACAAUUUACUUUUUGAUCCAUCUACUGAAGAAGAACAAGUUUUAGAAAAUGGUUUGAUUUUAAGUUGGUACGACGGAAAGGUCAUUUCUCCUGCUUCCAAUAUCAACUUAGCAUCUAACUCAAACAACUCCAACUUCAAGGGAAUGAACGCAAAGUUAAUUGUAAACAGUUUGGCACUUGUGAAGAAGUAUGGUGGAGCAAUUGUACAUGCCUUGGACACAUUGAUUGAACAAGAUGAUGACAACGACGGAAGGGUAUUUUAGAAAUGAGCUAAAACAUUGUACUAUAGAUAAUAUACAGCAUAAUAUAUAGAGAUUUUG